AUGAACGGCGAAAUCGUCAGAGAGCCGCCAGGACCAGAGCCAUUGCCGUACGUUGGCAACCGUUACGAACUGUACCCAGAUCCACUUGGGAACUAUGAUCGCCUCUUCGAUCGGUAUGGCCCUGUUAUCAAGACCGUUAAUAUGGGCACGGUGACAUACGUCACCAAUGAUCCCAAUGUCUCUCGUGAAGUUCUCCGCGAAGGAGAAUACUUUACCAAGACUACAUCAGAUCCCGGUCAUCCGCUGUACUACAUGCGAAAUAACGAGGCCCUCUUCACUUGCGACAGCGAUGCGCCGGAAUUCAAGUUAGCACACAAGUUCAUCCCACCAAGCUUAACGCCAAAGGCAGUCCGCCACUAUACACCAACUGUUAUAGCUUGCGUGAAAAGGUCAUUCAACGUAUUUGACGACCUCGAUGAGAAGGAGCUCGCAUUCAAUGUCUAUCAUUACACAUUCAAGAUGGCUGGGGAGAUCAUCUGGAAGGUCAUUCUUGGCAUGGAUCUGGGUCAUUUUGACUCAAUUGACACAAAGCCUCAUGAGACCAUUCGGCUUCUCGGCGAAUAUCUUUCGCUCAUGAAGAAAACAUCUUUGCGAGGAAGCUGGUAUGGACACCUGCCAUUCGGGACGCCAAAGAGACUCAAGCUUGUGAGACAACUGCUAUGGGAUGGCGUUGCCAAAGGCAUUGAGGAUUCAGUCAAGUAUAGCGGAGAUCUGCCGAUGAAGGACGCUGCACUACACGCUACCAGCGUCGCUGACUAUCUCCGCCGGGCCACCGACGAGAACGGAGAAAAGUUGCCUGAAGAGAUCAUGCUGAGUAACUGUGUUAUCAUGAUUGGAGCUGGCUUUGUGACGACCUCUUCCCUUCUGGCCUGGCUCAUCUACGCUUUGGUCAAAUAUCCUGGAAACCAGCAGCGUCUGCUCGAAGAACUCGUCAGUUAUGGGGCUUCUCCUGAUAAGCAGUGGUCCUACGAUGAGUUAACCGAGAUGCCCUUCCUCGACAAGUUCGUGAAAGAGACGCAGCGAAUGCACAAUCCGUCUUUCCAAACGGCAAGAAACGCAAAGCAAGAUGUCGUACUUCCUGGCGGGUACUUCCUACCCAAGGGUGCCGUCAUCAUUCCAACUUUCCCUUCUUUACACAAGAAUCCAGGAUAUUGGAACAAUCCGACCCGAUUUGACCCGGAUCGAUGGGACACCGACGAGGUGAAGGGUCGGCACAAGAUGUCUUACACUCCAUUCGCUGCAGGGACAAGGGGGUGUGUUGGGUAUAAUCUCGCACUUCUUGAGGUGAAGAGUGUCAUGGCAAAGUUGGUUUACCGCUAUUACUUUGAGGACGCGUCUACUGAAGCUGUGGUGUACGAUCCUGAGUUCAUUGUCAUUCGGCCAUUGAAUUUCUAUGCUAGGGUAGUACGGAGGACGCAGUGGCCCAUCUGA